AUGUUCGAGAUGAGCCAUCAACCGGCUCAAGACAGACAUGGAUUACUCGUGUUUUGCGACUCUGUUUACGAAAAUGUGCAGGAAAAUCCUCACUGCAUCACUAUUCUUCACGUAGAUAGCACACACAACUUGUGGGAGGGCAUGCCGGAGGACGAUGUUCGACUGUUCGCCCUUCUUCCGCAAUCGCUUUCAGCCAUCUACGAAGCGUCAGUUUCUCCGAUACUCCUGUAUCUGUACGCUGUCCAAGCGUUCCGGAUUUUGAAAAUGUUCCUGUACAACGUGAAGAUGUUCCUGUACAACGUACGCAAGCUGUAG